UUCACGACGUUUUGCUGCCACAAGCUGCGUGCGCCUCCCUGAAACUUCUGCCCUGCAUACUGACCGCAGUUGCUACCGGCGAUACCAAUCCAGAAGUCAGCGUUUCUCCAAAUUCGCUUGGUGACAGCCCAUCCCGGAGGCCUUUACGCACUUAUCAUCUUCACCAUGGCGCCGGAGAAGAGCGCAAAGCGCAAGGCGCCCUCAACAGUCGCUGGUUUCACAGUCCUUCCUCUCACACUACCCUCGCUGUCCGGCCUCCCAGCAGGCCACGGGGACACACAACACUACCUGUACAUCAAAGCGCACGAACCCAGCGCAUACACAGCGACCGCAGAGCGCAGUCUCUUCGUCGCAAACGUCCCCAUCGACGCCUCGGAAACCAACAUCCGCGCACUCUUCGCAGAACAAUUGAGCGGCGCGCGAGUAGAGAGUGUGGACUUCGAUGCGUCCGUGCCUGGGCGCCCACUGCACAAGCGCUGGAAACAAGACAAGCGUGCCGACGACAACGGAGACGGUGAGCAACGGGGCAAGAAGCGCAAGAGGAACGACUCCGAAGUCGUCGCUGAAGGCGUGGUAGAAGACGUAGACAGCGCGCUCCCAGCACUGUGGGCCAGCGAAGUGCGGCGGAGCGGGAGCGCGGCGGUGGUCGUGUUUGUGGACAAGCGGAGCGCAAGGGGCGCGUUGAAAGAGAUUCAGUCCGCGGUCAAGUCUGGGCGCGCAAUUGAGUGGAGGAGCGGGAGCGGGUUGGGCGUCGAGCGCUACAAAUCCCACCUCCACCUUACCCACCCCUCCGCCUCAGCCCUCCAAUCUAGCAUAAAUGCCUACCUCACCCAGUUCACCUCCCUCGAGACCACCCGCGCCAAACUGCUCAAACACGCCCGCACCGUGCCCGACGAAGACGGCUUCAUUACCGUCGCACGGGGCGGGCGCGCUGGGCCCGCGCGGCUCGAG